AGUCGACCAACUGGAGAGUGCGUGGAAAGGGCACACGGCGCAGAUCUAACUACCAUUCCCCAAUCCCAACGCUCUCUGACAUUGAUUCCUUACCCAAAUCCCACCCCAAUUAAUACACGCGGAGCCCGCCAUCUCCGACCGACUAAAACUCCAAAUUCACCACCCCCGCUACCUCAAUAGCCAUUUCCAUCUGCUGCUGUUCUAGGGUUCACCCCCUCAAUAGCCAUUUCCAUCUGCGGCUGCUCUAGGGUUCACCCAUCAUCAACAAAAACAUGAUCCAGCUCCUCUUCACCGUCAUCUUUGCCGAAAUGGCUCUUAUCAUGACCCUCCUCUUCAAAACCCCCCUCCGAAAGCUGGUCGUCAUGGCCUUGGAUCGGGUCAAGCGUGGGAAAGGUCCCAUCAUGGCCCAGACUGUUGCUACUACUAUUUUUGUGGUGCUUAUGUCCAGCGUUUACAGUAUGAUGAAGAUCCAGAACCGUUCUGUCGAACCCGGUUUGAUUAAUCCCACCGAUCAGGUUCUUAUGGCCAGGCAUCUGCUCGAAGCCUCUCUCAUGGGGUUCUUGCUGUUCCUCGCACUGAUGAUAGAUAGACUUCACCAUUACAUUCGAGAGCUUCGUUUACUCAGGAAGGCCAUGGAGGCUGAAAAGAAGCAAAACCGAGGUUUUGAGGAUGGGAAAAAUGGCCGUGCAGAAGAGGCCAAAGCUAUGGGGGAAGAGAUGAGUUCAUUAAGGACACAAAUUAAGAAGCUGGAAUCUGAAUGCGAGACAAAAGCCAAAGAGGCAGAGGCAGCAGAAGCCAAUACAGUCGCUCUAAAAAAGCAAUCUGAAGGUUUCCUUCUGGAAUAUGACCGACUGCUGGAGGAGAAUCAAAACCUUAAGAGCCAGUUGGAGUCGAUUGACCAAGGUCUACAAUCUUGAGAGCAAGAAGAGUACACAAGUGAGACCUCUUGAUAAUCAAUUUUCCCAUCCUUUCAUAUAUUUGAGGUGUUUUAGAUUUAAGAUUUUGGGUUGGAGAGAAGGGAUUAAGAGGGUUAUAAGUAGGCUUAUAUCCCCAACAAUGCAAGUGGUUUAUGAGUAGGCUGGGAUUUUGUGUGAAGGAGGAUGUUCAGUAUUAAUAUUGGUGAAUUUUGGCUACUUCUUGAAUUUAUCUUCCCUGUAAGCCAAUUCUGAAUUUGUGUUUCUUCUGUUCUUUCUCUGUCAUUGUGUGGCUUCCAGGGAAGAGUGCUACCCGGUUGAUAAUUAGUUCCUAAUUUUUAAAAACGAAAAAUAGGGAGUAUAAUAUUGCAUCCAUUUGUAAUAUUUUGUUUCUUUAUUUAUUUCACGUAACCACCUUUUUGA